AUGACCAAUAAAUGUAUGUACUUUCUUGUUCGAAAUUAUAAACUGACUUGUGGCUUUGGAGCCAAUGACACGUCAGGUGCAACAUCAUUAAGUAUGAAUGCAUGGUCACACGUUGCAUGUGUCUAUAGUUUCGAAACACAAACACUACAGGCCUACUUAAAUGGCAUACUUAAUGGUUCUCGAUCAUUAUUUUCCUUUCAAGGUUCAUCAGGCGAUACAACUAUUGGUGUUACCUAUGCAAUACCACCAGGCUCGAACUAUUUCGAUGGUUACCUUGCUCUAAUGCAAUUCGUAUCGAGUGCGAAAACUCCUAGUGACAUUCUACGCGAUGCAACUCUUAUGGCGUACUAUUCAUUUGAUACUAGUUUAACGACUGAUAAUAGUCUGAACGGUAUCAAUACAACGACAAUCGGAAGUCCAAGUCUUGUACCUGGAAGAGUUAAUCAAGCUAUUCAGGUGAAUCCAAGUGCCAGUGUUUAUACUAGCUAUACAUCAUUUCUACUUUUGGGAGUGUCCAAUCAGCCGCACACCUAUUCUCUAUGGAUUAAGCCAACGGGCAGCUAUGCAUUGCCAACUAUUUUAUUUGUAAUUGCUCAAACAGGUUGGUGUGCUAGUAUCAUAAUGACGACAGCGAGUGGCCAUAUCGUGUUACAUUCGUAUAGUGGUGCUUUGAUAUCUGUGUCAGGUUCUAUUAUUCCUCUCAACACUUGGACUCACGUGGGCGCUACAUAUUGCCCAAGUAGCGGCUUCAGACUCUAUAUUAAUGGAACUUUUUAUGCAACUUCAGGAGCUUUUAGUUAUGUUGCUGCAGGUACUUCUCUCUAUCUAUUCAUAGGAGGUGAUGGGGGCUAUGCGUUCCUUUCUGCACCAGGUUGUUCAGCUGGAUUUACAGGUUCUGUAGAUGAAUUAUUUAUGUACAGUCGUGAAUUAACAGCAUCAGAAAAAUUUGUAGCAGCUAACCCAUAA